GCAGGUCCGGCAGCGUCUGUGAGGAGAAAAUGGUUGACGUCUCAGGUUACAGCGGAGAAGGCCGUUUGGCCUGUCGAGUCCAUUAAUAGUCCUAUCAAAUUAUCAAGAUGGACGAUGGAAAGCAAGCGAAUGCUUCUGAAAGAAAAGUAGUAAAAGUGGAAGAUGUAAUGGGAAGUCAUAUUGAAGACCCAGUUACUUUCUGGGGUCAGAGUAUUGAAUUAAUUCAAGACCUUCUUAAGGUGUCCACUGCUUUGACAGAAAUUUGCCCGUUUGCUGCCAAAGUAUUUGGAGAUCCGGUUCCUGAAAAGAUUUAUGGUGGAUUAUAUUCUGAGGAUCAAUGUUGGUAUAGAUGUAAACUGAAAAAAAUGAUGACAAAUGAAAAGUGCCUGAUGACGUAUGUUGAUUAUGGAAAUUCUGAAACUCUAAAAAAGUCAUGUAUCGUUGAACUUCCAGAAGACUUACAGCAUCCAGGUUUGGCCAGCAAGUUUAGACUUUGGGGUCUUCAGGUUCCACCUAAGCAAGAUGUCACUCCAUUUGACCAGGGAAGAAGAUUUCUGGCCAGUUUGAUUAAUGACAAAAUAAUUAGAAUCAGUCACAGAGAUACAGCUCAGGAUGGAACCUUUCUCGUUGAUGCUGAGAGUGAUGCUCUCAACAUUGGUCAAGAAGUUGUGGAGAAGGGGUUUGCUGAAAAGUGCAAUGUAGUUUCUGCCUACAACUUUGAAGGAUUAAAGAAUAAUGCAACCGUGCUGAUUGCUGGCAGGAAUACAGGGGGAGUUCAAGGACUCAGCAGUGGUUCACAGAAAGUGAAGAAUAUGCUGGAGUUAAGAAAUGACCAUCUAGGAAUCAAACCAAAAGGUCGAAUGCAUGCCAUUGAACAUAAAAGCAGAGGGCAAAAGAUGGAUGGGAAAGAUGCCCUUGCGUAUGCACUGGCGAGAAAAUCACUGAGCCACUGUUGUUCAGGACAGAAGCAGGACAUGAUCAAGAUGCAACACAGUCAGAAAUUACUGGAAGAUCAAAAUGAGAAGUUGAGAGUAAAAAACAUCACUUAUCUCCAGAGCUGCCGUUUCCUGGAAGGGCAGCUUAAGCAGCGGCAGCGUGAAUUGAAAAAAAUGGAAGAAGAAUUAAAACAGCAUCAAGAAGCAGAAUUGAAAUUAGCAGAUGAACUAAACCAUGCUGUUGAAACAAAGCUCAAACGUUUGGCAGGGAAGGUUGAGAAACUAAAACAGGUUAGGAGUGAGUUAAAUGAGAAUCGUCUUGGAGAUGACCUUUCUGAUGCAAUGAGGGUAGUAAUUGAAGGACGUGUUUGUACACCUCACUCAAUGAAGGAUCUCGAAAGUAUUUGGAAUGAAUACAACUUGGCUCAAGAAACACUUCAAAAAUGCAAUUCAUUGGGUGAAGUGCACAACCUCAUCGUCAAGCGUAACAAGAUACGCAACAUACUUUAUGCAGCAGCUGAGGAGUUCACCUCUGAAGUUGACAUAUUGUCCAUCAGAGAUCGUGUAGACGUUCUGAAGUGUUUAACUUGCUCACUGAACACUGCUUAUGGCCCGUAUGAAGUGGAGCACCACUCGUACAAAAUGUUUGAUCAAUUUAUUGAGUGGAGAGACCGUAAACUGCAGGAGUUCGGCGAUGUUAAGGAUAGAACAGCCAAGUCUCUGCAGGUGCUCUCAGAAUGGUUUGAUAAAACCGCCAUGUUGUUUGACCUGAACUCCAGAGUUUCCUCAUCCUCAGUGGAGCCCAUUAAAAGUGUUGAUGUUUUGCUGGAUGAAGUGGAACGUGACGUAGGCAAAGAACUUGAAGUUUCAAUUGCACAAAAAUGUGAAGCUGAUGAGAAGAUUAUCCACAGUGCCUUCAAUGAAGUGAUGCAAAAGAUCAAAGAGGAACAGGACCUACUUUUGAUUAUUGAAAACAGAUAUGCAGACAGCGUUCAGUUUAAGGAGCAAGUUGGACAAUGGCGUAACACUUGUCCCAGUGUUGGAGAUCUGUUGUCGAUCAAAAGAUCAGUGAAGAAUCUUAAAGCUCAGCUGAGGUGGAAACUGGUUGAAAAGAACAAUAUAGAAGAUUUGGGCAAUUAUGAUGAUGUAAAGAUUCAGAAGAUAAAGGAAGAAAUACAGAAACUCAGAGAUAACAUCUAUGAAGAAAUCUGCUGUGAAAGAGAAGAAUAUGAGAGACUUGAUAAUAUUGUUCAGAAUUGGUUUCCUGAGCUCGCUCUCCUCCAUCCUGAAGCAGCAAUCAAGAGAUACAUGCAAUCAGCUGGACUUCUCAAUGAGAGCCUAGAGCGUGAUUUGUUUGACCCCGAGCCCAUGAGAGAACUGAGCAGCAAGCGACCAUUAGUUUGCUCCCAAGUUAAAUCCAAGAGAAUUCUCUUAAAGGGAUAUUCUGUGGAUUUUGCCACAGAAGCCAACAUGAUAGAGAGGGCAGCUGAAUAUCAUCGAGCUUGGUCUGUGUUGAAGGAAAACUCUGGACUUCUACCAAUUUUGUACCUGUUUGCUUGCAAGUCUGAGCCAGUGGCAUAUGUCAUGGUACCAUUUUAUCCAGGAUGUUGUUUGAAAACUGUGCAGGACACCAACCCCCUAAACUCAAUGGAGGUAAUUAGAGUCAUGCAAGGUGUUGCAGCAGGUCUACAGACACUUCAUAACUCAAACAUUGUUCAUGGUGCUCUACACCCUCACAAUGUGUUUGUUGUUGACCGUCAACGUGGAAUCGUUGGAGACUUUGAUUUUACCAAGACUGCUGAUCAACGUAAUUUUGUCAGCUGGAUGGUGGCUGAUAAACUGGAUCUUGUAGCCCCGGAGGUCAGAAGUGGCCAAUCUGCUGGCCCGCCGUCUGACAUGUUUGCUUAUGGAAACCAGCUUCUGUGGUUGAAUUUCCCUAGGAAUGAUUUCACAGUAAAUCCUGAUGGUACUGUAGACUUAAGUGAGCUAAGUAUGGACCCUAACCUGCAGAGCUUGGUGUUGCGGUUGACUUGUUCCAACCCUGUUGACAGAUUGAGAGCUGACCAGUUGAUAAAGGAUGAUUAUUUUCUGGCAAUUAAAACUGACACCAUUCAGGAACUCAGUCCUUCGACUUUGGAUGCAAACAAUGUGACCAGCAUCUUUGUAGAUGAAACCAAUUCAGAAUUGCCUGGUGAAAUGGCAACAUAAAACCUUCCCCAAAUUUGUUUUACAGUUGCAUUUUCAUUAAUUCUAUCAAUGAAGUUUUGUUUCAUCAAGUGUUUCUGGUGACUUCUUCGGCUUUGUAAAAGUUUAUGUAGAACCUAAGAAGAUGCUUUUGAUGCUAAUAUAACUUCUGGGGAAAUGUUUCUCAUGAAUAACAGCAGUGAAGUUCUUUGUUUCUUGUUUUUUCAGCCUUGGAUUGCUGUUUAAUUUGAGAAAAAUAAAUUGUUUUGCAAAAAAUACUGAAAAAUAACUAGCCCAAUAUCUGCUCAGUGUUCAGUAGGCAGUUCUUCAUUUGUAAUAAACAACUAGAAAGGAAAGCCAGAUACUAGUUGGACUGUUUGUGAUGUGAUCUUUUCAUUGACUAGAUGGAAAGUGCUCUUUGAUGACCUGCACUCGGGCAAGUUGCUGAAGUAGUUUCUGCCAGGGCUAUACCUUUAAUGAGGGACUUGGUUUAAUGUGUGGCUUCUGUAGAGAAAGGUGCAUCACCUUCAAGUAUUCUGGCUGACCAAGGGAGAAUGUUUGAAAUGUGUGUUCUACUACCAUUGAAGAUCUUAAUAUAGAACAAAACCAACUGAUAAAAGUUGAGGAAGAAGAAAGAGAACUACAUGAGAUUGUUUUAGAAGAAAAAUUAUACAUUCCAGUUUAGUGAAGGUUUGUCUGUUCAAGCAGUUUCUCUGCUUUAGCAAUGCACUUAAUAAAGAAUUAAAAUGUUCUCACUGCUGUUACGAGCUCAAUAAAAUAGCCACUAAACCUGAUUUAUGCAUAGUCUGUUACUAUUAGUGGUAGAACAAGUGUUCAUAUGAAGUUACUGAAAACCUGCGGUGUUUAACAUUUGGUUCAGGUUGUGAAGGGUUCUUGACUGAAGGCAGGAACAGUUGUUGCCAAGCAGAGGUAUGGUAGGACAGUAGCUGAGUCUAAUCACUGAAGACGUUCUGAGAAUGA